AUGAAUACACACGCUUCCACUUCUUGCUCGUCCUUUCUGGCUCCUCAUCCGGACCCUUGCCAAGCUCUUUCUGUGCCGAGCUACCACGAGAGGGUUUCCGAUCUGCGGGAUCUCAGCUUCUGCGGGACUUUCGACCGUCUCUCUGCCUUUAACGUGGCAAAGAAGGUUGUUGAUGCUUGUUUACCUCGCCGACAGAAUCUUGCUCUCCCCAUGGCCAAAGAGAACCGAAAUAAAUAAAAUAUUCCGAUGUUGAAAAUUGUGUUGGCCGCCAGGGGCCUCUCGAUUUCAGCUAGGCAAGCCAAGAGGAAGUCGCUCCCUCUUCCCCUCUGCUGAGGAAUAUCCUGACUCGGUCAAGAGAGCGAGCCGCCGCGACAGCGUCGCCUUGGAGCUACUGGACAGAAAAUGGGAAACACUUCCAAGGAAAAAAACCCAGGACAAAUACAACUAUACAGAAAAGUGGAAGGAAUACCCCAAAAGUAUAAUUCCCAGGAAGAAGAAGCUUCUAAAAAUCAGAAGAGAACAGGGAAACAAAAUGCCAAAAACUCUGGAUCCAGAAGAAUAAAGUCGAUCAUGUUACAAGGAAACUCCAAGGAACAGUCAAUUCAGCAAAGAAAGCGAGUGUCCAAGAAACCACAUCGGUGUCUUGAUUGUGGGAAAAUCUUCAACAGAACCUCUGCUCUCAGUGCCCAUCAGAGAGUCCACACAGGCGAAAAGCCUUACAAGUGCACUGAAUGCGAGAAGAACUUCAGCAAGAGUUCACACCUCAUUGCUCACCAGAGAAUCCACACAGGAGAAAGACCCUACACUUGUUUGACCUGUGGGAAAAGUUUCAAUCACUCUUCCCAUGUGAUUAUCCACCAGAGAACUCAUACAGGGGAGAAACUUUACAAGUGUUUAGAAUGUGGGAAAAACUUCCGAUACAGUUCUGAUCUCAUCAGGCACCAGAUUGAACAUGCAGGUGAAAAACCCUUCCGGUGUUCAGACUGUGGGAAAUGUUUCAAUCGGACCUCCAACCUCCUUAUCCAUCAGAGGAUACACACAAAAGAGAAACCCUACAAGUGCCUUGAAUGUGGGAGAAACUUCAGUUACAGCUCAGUUCUUAUCAGGCACCAAAGAGUGCAUUCCUCUGAGAAGCCUUUUAAAUGCUUGGACUGUGGAGAAGGUUUCCAUGCGAACACAAGCCUUCUCACACACCAGAGGAUACAUACAGGAGAGAAACACUAUUCAUGUUCGGAGUGUGGGAAAAGCUUCAGGUGGAUAUCACAUUUAAAUAGGCAUCAGAAGAUCCACACUGUAGAAAAGUCUUAGGGGGAGGGGGGGGAACCACACUUAGAAUAACAGAGUUGGAAGGGACUUUGAAGGUCUUCUAGUCCAACCCCCUGCUUAGGCAGGAAGCCCUACACCAGGGAUAACCAGA